ACUGUGCAUACUUUCCACUCUCUGAGGGUCUGGCUCGAUGCAUGUGCCACAAGAUACAUCUACAUACUAAUUGGAGACAUAUUAAUCGAACAACAAUUAUUAAACACGUUUUGGUACUAGUAACCAUGGUAGUUAUGAAUAACCGAUUGAUCUUGAACAAAGGAGCUUAAUGACGAAUUGUAUAUCUUGCUGGAUCAAUUUGUGACUGCCCUAUAUAUUUCCAACAAAACGGAUUUAUAAUUGGAUGCUAUCCCAGUGGUAAUGUUGAUAAUUUGCUUUGCAUGUGGAGACAACGCAAUGGCAGCAUAAUUAUUCUGGAUGGUAAUUAUCACCUGAAUCUGUCGCUCUUGAUGUCUGAAUCCACAAUCAUCUUUCUACGUCCAGGCAAGGAUGAAUCUGACCAAAUCUUGGUUGAUAAGAACAUGCGUGAUCUCGCUGUGUCUUGGUUUCACACUUCAUCUUCUCUUCUCAUACCUCAUAGUUUUCAAUGACCAUGGUCCCACAAUUAAGAAACUCAAAAGAAGCCUCGUUGAUGUCGAAGAUGAUGUCCUUCACAUGGAUGUCGAUAAGAUGCUUAAUUUCGUUGGACUGAAAAAGGAAUUGAAUGUGAUGGACAGUCGCCUAGUUUGGAAAUUACUAAGGAGUCGGAUAUUUAGCAAUGAUGAAUGUAUCAUUCGUAUAGCCAAGUACUGUGGGAACCGGUGUGAUCACAUUCUUGGGGAUCACUUGGAGGAUCCGACAGAAUGGCUCCGGUUUUCUUGCCCCUUUUCAGAAUCAUGCGUCGUCGAGACAAGAUUCAUAGGUGAGGCUAAUCUAACGAAGAGACUAAUGAAAUCGAUUGACAUUAUUUUGCUUGUCGAUUCCUUGCAUGAAGGUCUCCAUCUAGAUCAGCUGAUGGCGGAACGACCACGUGGACAGCUCUGGGUGCUCUUGUCUCGAGAGAGUCCCCAGCACGACCAUGAAUACGCGCCUCCUCCCGGGAUGGGGAACCCCUAUAAUCUCACCAUGACCUACGCCUCAGACUCUGAUAUCUACUUCCCAUAUUGCUACUUAAAAAGGAAACCUCUUAACUCCAUGUGGACCGAAGCCCCUCCCGUUCCAAAGAAGACGAAGCUCAUAGCCUGGAUGGCAUCUAACUGCCGUCGCCUUUCCUGGAGACGCGGGGAGUUAGUGGAGGAGCUGAAAAACUUUCUUCCUAUUGAUACCUUCGGGAAGUGUGGCGACCUGGGAAAAUUGACCGACAUCGAGGGGAAAAAGGUUCUUGCGGAUUACAAAUUCUACCUGGCGCUGGAGAAUAGCGAAUGCAGGGAAUACAUCACCGAGAAGACUUGGCGGACAUGUCUUCAGAACGGAAUCGUGCCAAUUGUCUACGGUUCACCUCGCAAAGACUACGAGCGGAUCCUUCCACCAAACUCUUUCAUCUACCUCGAGGACUUUAGCUCCAUUGGAGACUUUGUCGAGUUCAUCUACAAACUCGACAAGGACGAUGAAAGGUACAACCGGUAUUUCGACUGGAAGAAACACAGGGAAGUCGUUUGUCUUUCCGCUCGGUUCUUUAUCAUGUUUUCACCGGAAGUGAAUCUCUGCUAUCUUUUGAGGAAGCUCAUCCAUGUCUUUGUGUUCCCCGAGACCUUACUGCAGAAUAGAGAGCCGGAUUUCGGAUCAUGGUGGCGAGGAAAGUGCGCAGAUGCCAGCGCAAGAAAAGAAGUUUUUGGUAUCGAUGUUCACCAACCGAGAAUCAAAAAGAAGAAGAAAAAGGAUUCCAACAAACUCUAAUUCUUAAAAAAAGGAUCGGAUUGAGAGUGGAGUUCAUUCCUUCCCAGUGAAUACACUCGUGUUUUACUAUCUCAGAAAUGCGCAAGCAUAAUCUGUAUAACGUGUUCUGGAGGAAUCUCAUCUUCUGUCUGUUUUGAGGGGGUGUGGCAAUCUUGAGUGCCCAUCUGAAUCCAUCAACCCAAGUACAUUCUUACAACUACCCAAUGAUUACAGUCCUAUCCUAAAAUUUCCCCACCUUUUAUGAUUAUGAACAAAAGGCUUUUCAUCGUGUGCUCAUUGGGAAAAUUAAUAUUUUUUAAAAUACUUUUGAUCACAGAUAUUACUACUUGUUUAAAAGGUGAAUUAUCGGAUGGUCUAAUACCACAUGGUCUACUUAUCAGUUCGUCCAACUUCACAUAGUCUAAACUCAUUUCGUCUACAACCAGUUCGUCUAAUAUCCAAUUCGUCUAAUUCCCACUUGGUCUAAUAUCCAAUUCGUCUAAUUUCCAUUUAGGCUUAUAACCAGUUGGGCUAAUUUCCACUUGGUCUAAUAUCCAAUUCGUCUAAUUCCCACUUGGUCUAAUAUCCAAUUCGUCUAAUGAGCAGUUGGGCUAAAACCAUUAAGUCUAAUUUCCAGUUGGUCUAACACCACUUGGUCUAAUCUCCACUUCGGCUAAUUUCCACUUGGUCUAAUUAUCAUUUUGUCUAAUUGCCACAUGGUCUAUUGACCGUUUAGUCUAAUUUUCACUUGGUCUAAUUUCCAUUUAGUCUAAUGUCCACUUGGUCUAAUAUCCAAUUGGUCUAAUGACCACUUGGUCUAAUAGCCAAAUGGUCUAAUGACCACUUGGUCUAAUGACCAGUUGGGCUAAUCGUCACUUGGUCUAAUGUUCAUUUGGUCUAAUUCACACUUGGUCUAAUGUCCAUUUAUUCUAGUAUAGCAUCAUUCAUUAUUAUUUAUUUUAUCUAGAUGAGCAAAUAUGGUAUGUAGUGGCUAAAUACCAUGCAUCAGUUAAUACAUAUCGCCAGGAUCCGGAGGGGUAGAGCCGGGGUAGGGCUGGUGGGCGCAAAACCUCACCGUGAAGGAAUAUCGAAGAUGAAUUAUUCUAAUCAAAUAAUUCUUAUAAUUAGGCCUGUAUAUCGAUUGUAAGAUGAUGAUGAAAAUUAAAUCAUACUCAUAAUCAUUACAUCACCGCAUGCACAUUUACAGAACAAUAAGUUGGGGACCUUGCAUGCAGCUUAUAAUGGUCGAAUGGCGGGGUUUCAUGAGAAUAAAAUUAUUAUGCAGAAAGGAACGAAAAUAUAAUGUAAUUGAUUGUGUGGAUACGAAUUUGGUAAACAUGUUUAUGCCUCUUUUAAAUCAUUGCGAUGCACCAUUACGGACGAUACUUGAACUUGAUGGCCUAGUUAUGCAGUUUGGGGGAUUCCAAAACUACAAGCCAUUAGAUGUAAUUUUGUUAUGAAUAUUUUGUUUAGUUAUUUCAAUAGUUGGUUUGGAGGCAAAUAACAGACCAAUUAGAUAUAGUUUGAUAACAAUAUAGAGGUCUAUCGGGUUAGCUCCAACAACAUCACUGCUAUGAGG